AUGGCCGCUUCAAGUGCUGAGCCUGAGGUUGUCUUGUACGAUCUGGCUUGUGUCAAGAACGUCUGCUUCUCGCCCACUGUCUGGCGCAUCAGACUGAUGCUCAACUACAAGCGGGUUCCGUACAAGACUGUCUUUCUCGAGAUGCCAGACAUUGAGCCUACGCUCAGAGCGCUCGGCCUCCCUCCCCAUGACCCAGCUUCUGGAAACAAGAGAAACUACACAGUUCCCGCCAUCCAGCAUGUGCCCACCAACAGAUCCAUCAUGGAUUCGACGCCCAUUGCGGAAUUCCUCGAGUCAACGUAUCCGGACCCUUCAGUUGCGCUCGCUUCAGAGCUGGGCAGCGAAAUUGAGCUCAAGCUCCGGACCCUGGUUGCCCCAGUCCUGUACCGCUCCAUCAUUCCGCGCGAGGUCAACAUGUUCUCGCCGCGCGCCCAAGAGUACUUUCGACGCACUCGCGAGGCUCAGCUUGGGAAGAAACUGGAGGACUUGCUGGCUGGCGAAGAGGAGCGAUGGGAGGCGGCAGAUGCGGACUGGCGCGCUAUCGGCGAGCUGAUGAGGCGGAACCAAGAGGGCGGACCGUUUAUCCUCGGUGAGAGGCCGUCGUACUCUGACUUUUUCAUUUCUGGGUCUCUGCAGUCUGUGAGGAUGAUUGACGAGGGCUUGUUUGCGAGGGUUGUGCAGUACCCUGGCUUCAAGGAGGUUUACGAGGCGUGUGUGCCGUAUAUGGAGAAGAGGGACUGA